CGAGCCGGGUGGCUCUUGCGUUUAUUGUAAGACUGGACAACCUCACCCCAGGCUCGCCCGGGGCGAGAGUUACACGUGUGGCUAUAAACCCUUCCGUUGUGAGGUUUGUAACUACUCUACCACUACCAAAGGCAACCUCAGUAUUCAUAUGCAGUCGGACAAGCACCUGAACAAUGUCCAGAAUCUCCAGAACGGCAACGGCGAGCAGGUGUUCGGCCACUCGGCCCCGGCCCCCAACACCAGCCUCAGUGGCUGUGGGACCCCCUCUCCGUCCAAACCUAAGCAGAAACCCACCUGGCGGUGUGAGGUGUGCGAUUACGAAACCAACGUGGCCAGGAACCUGCGGAUUCACAUGACCAGUGAAAAGCACAUGCAUAACAUGAUGCUUUUGCAGCAGAACAUGAAGCAGAUCCAGCAUAACCUGCACUUGGGCCUGGCGCCGGCCGAGGCCGAGCUGUACCAGUAUUACCUAGCCCAGAACAUCGGUCUGACGGGCAUGAAGCUCGAAAACCCCAGCGACCCGCAGCUGAUGAUCAAUCCAUUCCAGCUGGACCCCGCGACAGCCGCCGCUUUGGCCCCGGGACUUGUAAAUAAUGAGCUGCCGCCUGAAAUCCGGCUUGCCAGUGGUCAGCUAAUGGGUGAUGACCUGUCCCUCCUUACUGCAGGAGAGCUGUCACCUUAUAUCAGUGACCCAGCGCUGAAGCUAUUCCAGUGUGCUGUUUGCAACAAAUUCACCUCUGACAGCCUGGAGGCCCUAAGUGUGCAUGUGAGCAGUGAGCGCUCUCUCCCCGAGGAGGAAUGGAGGGCUGUAAUUGGAGAUAUCUACCAGUGCAAGCUCUGUAACUACAACACUCAGCUCAAAGCCAACUUCCAGCUCCACUGCAAGACUGAUAAGCAUAUGCAGAAAUAUCAACUGGUGGCUCACAUUAAAGAAGGGGGCAAAAGCAAUGAGUGGAGGCUGAAGUGCAUUGCCAUUGGCAACCCCGUUCACCUAAAAUGUAACGCCUGUGACUACUACACCAACAGUGUGGAUAAAUUACGCUUGCAUACCACCAAUCACAGGCACGAGGCGGCCCUGAAGCUCUACAAGCACUUGCAGAAGCAAGAGGGUGCGGUGAAUCCGGAAUCCUGCUAUUACCACUGUGCCGUGUGCGAUUACUCCACCAAGGUCAAGUUGAACCUGGUACAGCAUGUCCGUUCGGUGAAGCACCAGCAGACCGAGGGCCUCCGGAAACUCCAGCUCCACCAGCAAGGCCUGGCACCAGACGAGGACAACCUCAGUGAGAUCUUUUUUGUUAAAGACUGCCCACCAAAUGAGCUUGAAACUGCCUCUUUGGGAGCCAGGACCUGUGAGGAUGAUCUUACAGAGCAGCAGCUGAGAACUUCCUCAGAAGAGCAAAGUGAAGAGGCAGAAGGAGCUAUCAAACCUCCAGCAGUGGUCGAGGAUGAGGAGAAGGACACAAGUGAGAGAGACAGUAGUGAAGGCAAAAACUCGAAUAAAGAUUCUGGAAUAAUCACACCAGAAAAGGAGCUAAAAGUCAGUGUGGCAGGGGGAACCCAGCCACUCCUGCUGGCAAAGGAAGAGGAUGUGGCAACCAAAAGAUCAAAACCUACAGAGGAUAAUAAAUUCUGUCACGAACAGUUAUUUCAGUGUCCUUAUUGUAACUACAAUAGUAGGGACCAAAGUCGUAUCCAGAUGCAUGUCCUGUCACAGCACUCGGUGCAGCCGGUCAUCUGCUGUCCCCUCUGCCAGGACGUCCUCAGCAACAAAAUGCACCUGCAGCUGCAUCUGACGCAUUUACACAGUGUGUCUCCAGAUUGUGUGGAGAAGCUGCUUAUGACAGUGCCUGUCCCUGAUGUAAUGAUGCCCAAUAGUUUGCUACUGCCAGCAGCUGCCUCUGAGAAGUCAGAGCGGGACACACCUGCAGCUGUCACAGCCGAGGGGUCUGGGAAAUAUUCAGGUGAAAGCCCAAUGGAUGACAGAAGUAUGGCGGGUCUUGACGCUUCCAAGGCUAGCAUGGAAGUAAAGAGUGAGGAGCAGAAACCAACGAAAGAAGCCACAGACGUGUCGGAAUGGAAUAAGAACAGCAGUAAGGAUAUGAAAAUCUCCGACCCACUGCAAGAUCAGUUAAGUGAACAGCAAAAAAGGCAACCACUCUCCGUGUCGGACCGCCACGUUUAUAAGUAUCGCUGUAACCACUGCAGCUUGGCUUUUAAGACUAUGCAAAAGCUUCAGAUACAUUCCCAGUAUCACGCGAUUCGGGCUGCGACGAUGUGUAAUCUCUGCCAGCGUAGUUUCCGUACAUUCCAGGCUUUAAAAAAACACUUGGAAGCAGGCCACCCAGAACUGAGCGAAGCCGAGCUUCAGCAGUUAUAUGCCUCCUUGCCCGUGAAUGGUGAACUGUGGGCAGAGACUGAAACUAUGGCCCAGGACGACCACGCCCUCGAGCAGGAAAUGGAGAGAGACUACGAGGUGGACCACGAAGGCAAGGCAAGUCCUGUAGGGAGUGACAGCAGCUCUAUUCCAGACGACACGGGCUCUGAACCAAAGCGGACCUUACCUUUUAGAAAAGGGCCAAAUUUUACGAUGGAAAAAUUCCUCGACCCAUCUCGCCCAUAUAAAUGUACAGUGUGUAAAGAGUCGUUCACCCAAAAGAACAUUCUCUUGGUCCAUUAUAACUCAGUGUCUCACCUGCAUAAGUUGAAAAAGGUCUUGCAGGAAGCCUCCAGUCCCGUUCCUCAAGAAACCAACAGCAGCACAGAUAACAAACCCUACAAGUGCAGCAUCUGCAACGUGGCAUACAGCCAAAGCUCGACCUUGGAAAUCCACAUGAGGUCCGUGCUCCACCAGACAAAGGCGAGGGCUGCAAAGCUGGACCCCAGCGGCCAUGCAACCGGCGGGCACGGCGUGGCAGCCAGCAUGAACAGUCCCGGCCAAGGGAUGUUAGAGUCCAUGAGUUUAGCUGCAGCCAGCAGCAAAGAUACCCACUUAGAUGCCAAAGAAUUGAAUAAAAAGCCAACUCCAGAAUUAAUCUCUGCUCAGCCUACCCACCACCCAGCGCAGUCACCAGCACAAAUUCAGAUGCAGCUGCAACACGAGUUGCAACAGCAGGCAGCGUUCUUUCAGCCUCAGUUUCUCAACCCCGCCUUUCUGCCUCAUUUCCCCAUGACCCCCGAGGCGCUGCUGCAGUUUCAGCAGCCUCAGUUUCUCUUCCCAUUCUACAUCCCUGGGACGGAGUUCAGCCUGGGGCCGGACUUGGGCCUGCCGGGCUCUGCGGCAUUUGGGAUGCCCGGCAUGGCGGGGAUGGCCGGGUCCUUGCUUGAAGACUUGAAGCAGCAGAUUCAAACCCAACAACAUCACGUUGGCCAAACUCAACUCCAGCUACUCCAGCAACAAGCGCAACAGUACCAGGCCACACAGCCCCAGCUGCCCCCCAAACAGCAGCAGCAGCAGCAGCAGGCAAGCAAAUCACUGAAACAGGAGCAGGCGCCCCCGGCCAGUGCCGACUGCGCAGCAGCUGCGAAAGACGCACCUUCUUACAAGGAGGCGGAAGAGAUCACCGAAAAGCAAGACAAGCCAAAGCAAGAAUCUAUAAGUGAAGGGGAAGGGCUCAAAGAAGGCAAAGACGGAAAGAAGCAGAAAUCCUUGGAACCGUCCGUCCUGCCGCCCCGAAUCGCUUCAGGGGCCAGAGGCAACGCAGCCAAAGCAUUACUGGAAAACUUCGGUUUCGAACUGGUCAUUCAGUACAACGAGAACAGGCAGAAGGUGCAGAAGAAGGGCAAGAGUGGCGACGGCGACAACACGGAGAAGCUGGAAUGCGGCACGUGCGGGAAGUUGUUUUCCAACGUUCUUAUUCUCAAGAGUCACCAAGAACACGUGCACGGCCAGUUUUUUCCCUACGGAGCCCUAGAAAAAUUUGCCCGUCAGUACCGGGAGGCCUAUGACAAGCUUUAUCCAAUCUCUCCAUCUUCUCCGGAAACGCCUCCGCCCUCCGCGCCCCCGCAGGUCCAGCUGCCCGUGUCUCUGGACCUGCCCUUUCCCUCCAUCAUGAUGCAGCCGGUGCAGCACCCCGCACUUCCUCCCCAGCUCGCCCUGCAGCUGCCCCAGAUGGACACGCUCUCGGCCGACCUCACUCAGCUCUGCCAGCAGCAGCUCGGGCUGGAUCCCAACUUCCUGCGGCAUUCUCAGUUCAAACGCCCGCGGACGAGGAUUACGGAUGACCAGCUGAAAAUCCUGAGGGCUUAUUUUGACAUCAAUAAUUCUCCGAGUGAAGAGCAGAUCCAGGAAAUGGCAGAGAAAUCUGGUCUCUCUCAGAAAGUCAUCAAGCACUGGUUUCGAAAUACGCUUUUUAAGGAGCGGCAGAGAAAUAAGGAUUCACCCUACAACUUCAGUAACCCUCCCAUAACUGUUCUGGAAGAUAUCAGAAUCGACCCACAGCCCUCCUCUUUAGAACCUUACAAAUCGGAUGCAUCCUUCAGUAAGAGGUCUUCUAGGACCCGGUUUACUGACUACCAGCUUAGGGUCCUUCAAGACUUCUUUGACACAAACGCUUACCCGAAAGAUGAUGAAAUAGAACAACUUUCCACUGUUCUCAAUCUGCCCACCCGGGUUAUUGUUGUGUGGUUCCAGAAUGCUCGUCAGAAGGCCCGGAAGAGUUACGAGAAUCAAGCAGAGGCUAAAGAUAAUGAAAAAAGAGAACUCACUAAUGAGCGGUAUAUUCGAACGAGCAACAUGCAGUACCAGUGUAAGAAGUGCAAUGUGGUUUUCCCCCGGAUCUUUGACUUGAUUACACAUCAGAAAAAGCAGUGUUACAAGGACGAAGACGACGAUGCCCAAGACGAAAGCCAAACCGAAGACUCCAUGGACGCCACGGACCAGGUGGUGUACAAGCAUUGCACGGCGCCUGGCCAGACCGACGCAGCCAAAAGCGCGCCUGCGCCCGCGGUAAGUUCUGGCUCCGGGACUAGUACCCCGCUGAUUCCAUCACCCAAACCAGAACCUGAGAAGACGUCGCCAAAACCUGAAUAUCCCACAGAAAAGCCAAAGCAGAGUGACCCCUCGCCCCCUUCUCAAGGCAUCAAACCAGCCCUGCCACUAGCAUCGACUUCCUCAGACCCACCGCCGGCCUCGGCCGCUCAGCCGCAGCCACCGCCGCCGAAACCACCCCAACUUCUCGGAAGACCUCCCUCGGCCUCUCAGACCCCGGUCCCCUCCAGCCCACUGCAGAUUUCCAUGACUUCUCUCCAGAACAGUCUACCUCCGCAGUUACUACAAUACCAAUGUGAUCAGUGCACAGUUGCCUUCCCGACUCUGGAACUCUGGCAGGAGCACCAGCACAUGCACUUCCUCGCUGCUCAAAACCAGUUCCUUCACUCUCCGUUCUUGGAACGGCCCAUGGACAUGCCCUACAUGAUAUUCGACCCCAACAACCCGCUGAUGACGGGACAGCUGCUGAGUGGUUCUCUCACACAGAUGCCCCCGCAGACCGCCGCCUCGCACGCCGCCGCGCCCGCCACCGUGGCCGCUUCCCUUAAAAGGAAACUGGACGACAAAGAAGACACCAACUGCAGUGAGAAGGAAGGCGGGAACAGCGGCGAGGACCAGCACCGUGAUAAACGCUUGAGAACCACCAUCACCCCGGAGCAACUGGAAAUACUCUAUGAAAAAUACUUACUGGAUUCCAAUCCUACCCGGAAGAUGCUUGAUCAUAUCGCCCGCGAAGUAGGGCUGAAGAAACGAGUCGUGCAGGUCUGGUUCCAGAACACGCGCGCGCGAGAAAGGAAAGGCCAGUUCCGGGCGGUGGGCCCGGCCCAGUCCCAUAAGCGGUGUCCGUUCUGCCGAGCCCUGUUCAAGGCCAAGUCAGCCCUGGAAAGCCACAUUCGCUCCCGGCACUGGAAUGAAGGAAAGCAGGCAGGUUACAGUUUGCCCCCAAGCCCUUUGAUAUCCGCGGAAGAUGGGGGAGAAAGUCCGCAGAAAUACAUUUAUUUUGAUUAUCCCUCUUUGCCAUUGACGAAAAUUGAUCUCUCCAGUGAGAAUGAAUUGGCUUCUACGGUGUCAACGCCAGUGAGUAAAACAGCAGAGCUGUCGCCAAAGAAUCUUCUGAGCCCUUCUUCUUUUAAAGCAGAGUGCCCCGAGGAUGUGGAGAAUUUAAAUGCCCCUCCUGCAGAGGCCGGGUAUGAUCAGAAUAAGACUGAUUUUGAUGAGACUUCGUCCAUUAACACAGCCAUCAGUGACGCCACCACUGGAGACGAGGGGAACGCCGAGAUGGAAAGCACCACAGGAAGUUCCGGAGAUGUGAAGCCAGCUUUAUCCCCUAAAGAGCCGAAAACGCUGGACACUUUGCCCAAAACAGCAACCACACCCACCACGGAGGUCUGCGAGGAAAAAUUUCUCUUUUCUCUCACCAGCCCCUCGAUACCUUUCAACGAUAAAGACGGUGACCACGACCAAAGCUUUUAUAUCACCGAUGACCCUGACGACAAUGCUGACCGCAGUGAAACGUCCAGCAUCGCGGACCCGAGUUCGCCAAACCCAUUUGGAUCCAGCAAUCCUUUUAAAUCCAAAAGUAACGAUCGGCCAGGUCACAAGCGUUUCAGAACCCAAAUGAGCAAUCUUCAACUCAAGGUUCUCAAGGCUUGCUUUAGUGACUACCGAACUCCAACCAUGCAAGAGUGCGAAAUGCUAGGGAAUGAGAUUGGUCUGCCCAAACGCGUGGUCCAGGUGUGGUUCCAGAAUGCCAGGGCCAAGGAAAAGAAAUUUAAAAUCAACAUAGGGAAGCCUUUCAUGAUCAAUCAAAGUGGAACGGAAGGCACCAAACCAGAGUGUACCCUCUGUGGGGUGAAGUACUCUGCCCGCUUGUCCAUCAGAGAUCACAUUUUCUCCAAACAGCACAUUUCAAAAGUGAGGGAGACCGUUGGGAGUCAGCUUGAUCGGGAGAAAGAUUACUUGGCCCCGACAACCGUUCGACAGCUGAUGGCACAGCAAGAACUUGACCGGAUCAAGAAAGCCUCAGAUGUGCUGGGCUUAGCGGUCCAGCAGCCGAGCGUGAUGGACAGCAGCUCCCUUCAUGGCAUCAGUCUGCCAGCAGCCUAUCCAGGACUCCCCGGCCUUCCCCCAGUCCUUCUCCCUGGAAUGAACGGUCCAUCCUCUUUGCCUGGAUUUCCACAAAAUUCAAACACUUUAACACCUCCCGGUGCAGGCAUGCUUGGGUUUCCUACUUCAGCUACUUCGUCUCCUGCCCUGUCUCUCAGCAGUGCCCCCACCAAACCUUUGCUGCAGACUCCACCACCUCCACCGCCUCCUCCUCCUCCUCCUCCUCCAUCCUCUCUGUCAGGACAGCAGACCGAGCCGCAGAACAAAGAAUCCGAGAAAAAGCAAACCAAGCCGAACAAGGUCAAAAAAAUCAAAGAGGAGGAAUUAGAGGCCACCAAAGCGGAAAAACACCCCAAAAAAGAGGAAAAAAUCUCAUCUGCUCUUUCAGUGCUGGGCAAAGUCGUAGG